CGCUAGUAGUCAUCUGUCAAGAGGUGAAGCAAAACUUUAACUGGCCAGUUUUCUCCACGGGAUUAAAGACGCUGGUCUGGAUUAUCUUUACUAUGCUUUAUCCGUCUUGAUGAAACGAUUCGUGUUUCGAGUUAAGGACAUCUAUUUUGUUAUUUUGGCGAAUUACGGCAGCUAGCGGUUAGCUAGCCUGUUCGCUGGCUAACGGCUUGUCACUCUGUCAACAAGUUGUGUUCAGCAUGGACUGUACGGCGCUGGAGCUCGAUGCUGUCAAAUUUGCCAAAACAGCUGUCACAUAUGACCAGAAUGGCAAAUAUAACGAGGCUGUGUUUUAUUAUAAGGAAGCAGCCCAGGCCCUGAUAUAUGCUGGCAUGGCAGGGUCCAAACUGGAGGGAAUCCAGGACAAAGUGAAUGAGUACCUGGAUCGGGUCCAAGCCCUUCACAAUGCUGGCCAGGCACAAAAGAGUGACCCGCUGAAGUCCAGGCAGCAGGUGGACCUGGAGCGUGCCCACUUCCUGGUCACCCAGGCCUUCGCAGAAGACGAGAAGGGAAAUGAUGAUGAAGCCAUUGAACUGUACACUCAGGCUGUGGAGCUGUGCAUUAACACUUCCAACGAGACGUCGGACCAGGCGCUGCAGACCAAGCUGAAGCAGCUAGCCCGUCAGGCUUUAGACAGGGCGGAGGGUCUAAAAGAAUCUCAGUCCAGAUCAACUCCAGGUCACACUCAGGACCGGAUGGGACCUUCUGGAACCAAGCCCAGCAGUGUGGGCGGUUCUGGGGGACCGGCUCGCCAGUUCUUCCCCCUCGGGCCGGACUUCUCCCUCCAUGAGCGACCACAACCCCAGCCGGUCCGGGCGGUGCAGUCCAGCGAGCCCCAGGGUCAGCGCUACACGUCUGAGGAGAUCGAGGUGCUCAGGAGCACGUCUACCAUCAACGGCAUAGCCUACGUGCCGUUCAUGAGUGUGGACCUGAGGGAGCGAUUUGCCUUUCCUGUCCCUUUCUCGGACAAAACAGGGAAACUGGCGCUGUCACCCAAACAGAAAGCCAUCUUCUCCCGCUGGGUCCGACCAGACGAGAUCUGCAAUAACCCCACCAUGAUCAUGUCUGUGUCCAGCUUCAGCAUCAAACAGACGGUGGUGUCUGACUGUUCGUUCGUGGCGUCGCUGGCCAUCAGUGCGGCCUACGAGAGGCGCUACAACAAGAAACUCAUCACCAGCAUCAUCUACCCUCAGAACAGACGAGGGGAACCAGAGUAUAACCCCUGUGGGAAGUACAUGGUGAAGCUUCACAUCAACGGCGUUCCCAGGAAGGUGAUUAUAGACGACUUCCUGCCGGUGGACCGUAACGGCGAGCUGCUGUGCUCCUACUCCAGCAACAGGAACGAGCUCUGGGUCUCCCUCAUAGAGAAAGCCUACAUGAAGGUGAUGGGAGGCUACGACUUCCCCGGCUCCAACUCGAACAUCGAUCUGCACGCGCUCACUGGAUGGAUCCCUGAACGCAUCGCCAUGCACUCAGACAAUCAGUCGUUCAGCAAGGACGACACUUUCCGUAUGCUCUUCCAGAGGUUUCACAGGGGUGACGUCCUCAUCACCACGGCAACGGGGGUGAUGACAGAGGAAGAAGGGGAGAGAUGGGGUUUAGUGCCAACGCACGCCUACGCUGUUCUUGACAUCAGGGAUUACAAGGGGAUGCGUUUCCUGCAGCUGAAGAAUCCGUGGAGUCACCUGCGCUGGAAGGGGCGUUACAGCGAGCGUGACGAGAAGAACUGGACCCCCGAACUCCUCAAAUACCUCAACUUUGACCCCAAGACAGCACAGAAGUUUGAUAAUGGUGUUUUCUGGAUCGCAUGGGAGGACCUUUGUCAGUACUAUGAUGUCAUCUACCUGAGCUGGACCCCCGCCCUGUUCAAAGAGUCCUCCUGCAUUCACAGUAGCUGGGAUGGGAAGCAGGGCCCGGUGAAGGACGUCUACAGCCUGGCCAACAAUCCCCAGUACAAGCUGGAGGUCCAGUGUCCAGCAGGGGGAGCUGCUGUGUGGGUGCUGCUCACCAGACACAUCACUGACAAGGAUGAUUUCGCACAAAACAGGGAGUUUAUCACCCUCGUUGUUUACAAGACAGAUGGGAAGAAGGUUUACUACCCAGCGGACCCCCCUCCUUACAUCGACGGCAUCCGUAUCAACAGCCCACAUUACCUGACCAAGAUGAGGCUGACCAGCGCAGGAACACACACCUUCACACUGGUGGUUUCCCAGUACGAGAAGCAGAACACCAUCAACUACACGCUGCGGGUGUACUCCGGAUGCAAAUUCACCUUCUCAAAGAUCCCAAAUCCGUUCACUCAGACCAAACGGAUUAAUGGCCAGUGGAAGGGACUCAGUGCUGGAGGCUGUGGGAACUAUAAGGACUCAUACAAACACAACCCGAUCUAUCAGAUGAACCUGGAGCGGUCGGGACCGCUGCUCGUCGAGCUGCGAGGAUCCAGGCAGUACAGUGUUGGUUUCGAGAUGGUGACGGUGUCGACGGUGGGGGAUCCGGGCCCGGCUGCCUUCCAGAAGAAGAGCAGUGGAGAUUACAGAUGUGGCUUCUGCUACAUGGAGGUGGACCACGUCCCGGCAGGCAUCUACAACAUCAUCCCCACCACCUUCUUGCCCAAACAGGAAGGACCCUUCUUCUUGGACUUUGCCAGCACGUCGCCCGUCAAAGUCUCCCAGCUGCAAUGAAGACGGAGCUGGAGGGAGGCGGGGGCUGGAUCGGGAGUGAGGUGUCAAGGGAGGCCUCGAUAAAACGGGCAGAAAGCUUCACUGAGGUACUGUAAUGAGACAGAGAGCUUCGACUUGAUGAAGCCACGCAGUUACUGUGAAGGAAUAAAAUAUUAAUGAGGAAUCAUCAAGAGGAACUUCAGUGUGGGAUGAAACCCCCCAACAGUGAACAUUUAGGAUUAAAUUCACCAAAAAAUAAAGGAGACAAAGUGAUAGUGAUGAGAGCAGCGAGAGAGCUGCUGUCCCUCUUCAUCAUGGAUCAGACAGAUCAAUCUGAUGGAUCUCAUGAGGCGACAGCGAGCUCGCAGCCAGCAGGUGGCGACGUAGCUAACAGGGUUGAAAUGAACACCAGCCGAGAGCUGCAGCACCGACGCCAAAGCUGCCGGGAAGCAGCAGAUUCUUCUCAGGGUCAGUUUUGCUGCAGUGAGCAUCUCAAAGUCACUUCCCCUUGGACUCGGAGGACGUCUGUGGACACAGCUGUCCACAGCUUCUUAAUCCUGCAGCAGACAAAGAUAUCCGAUAACAGCGUUCCUCCAUCUUUGUGCCGACAGUUUGUUUUCCCCUUCCUGUUUCGACAUGUCAGCGCCUCUGUGCACCAACCAGCUCCGUAAGUUUGACUGGCCUGCACAGAGCCCCCCAUCCGACACCUUCGGGAUGAAGCGGAGGACUGAGCCAGACCUGAUCACCAGCAUCAGCGCUGAACCUCACUGAUGCUCCGGUGUCUGCAGCAGGUUCAGCAUCUGAAGUGAAGCCUGGAACCAGAAGGGUGGAGGCUGUGUUUCUAGAACAACCACCUUGUUUUCUUUCUUUUUGCAUCCAUCCAUCCAGGCAGGUGUGGGAGAGGUUCAUGGUGGUGUCUCGGUGAGAGAGUGACCUGUCCAUCAUAUGACAGCUGUCUCCACUGAAUUCCUGCCAGGUUUCUUUUCCUGUAACUUCAACUUGUCCUCGUGUCACAUUAUUGUUUCUCCACAGAAACAACAACUGCUGUAGAACUCGAGCUGCUCUGAGAUAUAAAUACAAGCUGAAGAGCUGAAACCAGAUAAACCAAACAUCAUGUAACAGGAUGGGAAACCAGCUCAUGCUGGAGAUGCUCACUACAGCAGAACAGCCUGAAGAAGAAGAAGUUUGAUACCGACAGCCACCAUACGAACCUUCAUCUUUCAGCGUGGAGAAAACUUUAAUGAACAAAUGACGGCUCCACCUGACAGACCUGCUGACUCAGCGCUCACUUUGUCCUCCAGGAGCUGGACGGUCUGUCAGCUGGAAGGACGAUCCGUCUCCUUAAAGGACCUGAAAGGUGUUUUAUUCUCAGGAGCAGUGCAGCAGUGCAGCAGUGCAGCACCACAGGGAGUCCAGCAUGGCAGCACUGGAAUGAUUUGGUCUGUUCAUGUCGUCUGUAUCGGCCUGAUUUGGCUGACAGGUGUCACACGCACCUGUGCUCUACCUGUACGUGUGCGAGUAAGUGUUUGUGUGUCGCUAUCAGCCUCCUACAGGUAAAACUGUUAACAUGUUGCCAAGUACACACCCACUGUUGACUUGUGUUGAUAUGCUGCACUUUGUUUUAUCGUCUCUCAGUUUGAUUAUUGUCGAACACAGUUUACGGAAGCGAAUACGUCGCUUUUCUUCUUCUGCAGUUAGUGCGAACGUGUGUCGUGGUUGCAUCACACACCUCUUGGCAGCGGCGUCUGCUGCAGCCGGGGGUGUGUUCUGCCGGAUGAGAUCCAGAUGUUGGCUGCAUGUUGUGAUUCAGAAAGUUAACAUAGAGGUUGUUUUGCAGCCCGCCAGUCUCACGCUAAAGCUACUGCAUGUGCAGAAACACAUUUCUGACUGACUCAAAGCACCAAAAGAAAAACCUUAAAGAAAACAAAGGUUUGCCUUUGAAUCGAUCUGCUUCCUGCUUCUAGAAAAUGGAAUCAUGUUGUUUUUCUUUCUCACUGGUGCUGCAGUGGUUCGACUCACCGUCUGCUUGAAGUUGAAACUUUACUCAAAAAAACAUUCAGGCAGAGUCCACUUUCCAGCUUUUAAACCACAGCUCACAGUCUUCAUCAGUGAGCACAGUCUGCACAGGUGUUGACCGUCAGAUGUGACUGGAAGCAGCAGAAAAAGCGAGUAAGUGGACCUUGAGUUCAGAUUUAUUUGUUUUUGUCAAACUUUCGUUUCUUUUCCAAACUGGGAUGAAACAUCAGUGACGGACAGCUGACUCUUUGCCGUUUAGCUGCAGAUGUUUACAUGUGGAUUCAGUAGCAAACAGGUUGCACAGGCGUUGAGGCUGCUGUGCGUGUGGUCACACAGUCCGUGCACACCUGUAAGCUGCUGUCCGAGCUGAGUGCAGCAACAGUCUGCAACCGCUGAGUAGUUUCAUGUCAUGUCAUGGAAAAUGUCCAGAGCUGAAGGUCACAUGAAGGUUUCUUCAUCGUCUGACUGUUCGAUCAAUGGUUUCAGUCUGUCUUUUCAUUUAUUCUGAAGAUUUUUUAAUUCCACAGCGAUUCAACACAUGCAGAGGGAACUUCACAUUAUUCCUUCAUCCGGCUGAAACACAGAUAAACUGGUUCCAGUGAGCAUGUUGACAGCUUUCACUCAUAAUUCCUGUUAACAUUAAUCACAGUAAAGUCGACCUGAAGCCAAACGCUGGUGUGCUAAAAGGCUGAAAGUAGAAUAUAGCUUUAAAUCUCCAUUGCCAAGCACUUCUGUUAAAUAUCUACUUGUUGAUUAAUGAUCAUUAUGAUGAUGAAUGUCAUGUUUCUUUGUUUCCAUGUUCACUUUAUGUCUUUUUAAGUGACAACAAGCAGACUCUUUGAAUAUGCAGCAGGACAAUCGAGCAGCAUCCUGUUGUCUGAAUGUUGAUGUGAUGUUUGCAGAACUUGCACUAAAUGUUGGACAGACUGAUGUGUUCGGAUCUGAAUACAGAAAAUGACAUCUG